AUGGCACCAGAAUCAAAUGCUAUAUUUGACUUGAUCACGGAUCUUUAUAAGGCUUGCAACGGUCGCUGGACAGAUUGGAUUGCAGAUGGCACCGUCACGCAGCUGGAGCUAUUGGCUUUCCUCGACUACGCUGCGAUCUUUUUGAACAAUAUCGGAAACUACUUCGCCGACGGUGGAAGGAAGAUUGUCCCUGACCUUUCUGCAGACGCCCUUCUAAAAUUAGCGAAACACUCCGGAUGGACGGACCCUGCUGCGGAGGACGUGAUAAAGAGCAUGCUGUCAACAGCCCAGUCUAGUCUUGGAUACCCAAGUGAGACCUCGCAAGCCAACUACUACCCCGAAGAAGAUCGAAUUACGCGAGAGGAGAUCGCGCUGGUCUCGAGAGCCAUGGAGAUGCACCGCAUCGAACCAGAGAACACGAGAAUACUGAAGAGGAAAGAAAGAGACAAGCGUAUUUUCGAAGUCCUUCAAGCAUCGAAGGAUGCUCGAUGUCUUGCUGAGUGGGAUCAAUUCGAGGAAAAUGAUAUGAUAAUUCGUAUCCUAGGAGGCGACCAUAAUGACGAGAUGGCCAAAAUAUGCGAUUCACUUGAGCAAGCGAAAAUGUUUUCGAGCAAUGAAAACCAAAUCAAGGUGAUAGAUUAUUACAUUACCAGCUUCAAAAAAGGACGCCUACAGGCUUACCGAGACUCGAAAAAAAUCUGGGUGAAAGACCAAUCCCCGGUGAUCGAAACCACUUUGGGGUUUGUCGAGCCCUACAGGGAUCCACAUAGUGUCAGAGGUGAAUGGCAAUCAAUUGUCUUCACCUCCGAUUCUCUACAAAGCUUGGGACUAAAAGAAAUUGUUCGAAAAUGUGACCAUUUUCUUUGUCAGAUGCCUUGGGCUGUUGCUGAUAUCAACAGUGGGAAAGGUCCAUUUGAAAAAGACCUUUUUGACCCACCCGACUUUGUCAGUGUGCACGGUCAGUAUGAAGAAUCUCAUGAAUUAGAAACCAAAGUUUAA